AUGAUUUGGGAUGCCAGCGAUGCGAACCCCAUGCACCGGCGGCUACCCGCCGAGGUUGUAUCGCGGCGCCGAGCCGAAAAGAAGCCGAAAGCGCCCGAAGCCACCACGGACGAGGUUGUCGUCGACCUGAAGACUGCGAUCACCUUGAAGCCUGAAGCCAGGACCAAAUGGCUCAGCAAGGCCUGUGCAAUGGUGGAGCAGGGCAAGGCCAAGCCGACGGAUCUUUAUGACAUCGUCACAAACCGCAAGUUCUCCGGAGGUUUGCCCGACCGGGUCGGCCGCAAGUUGGCCAGCAUCAUCCGUGACAGCUUUUCCAUCUUCUCCGACAAGCAGCAGCGGUACUUGAACUCCACUGAGAGUCCCGUUCCAAUGCACCUCGCUGCGCAAGAGGACGAGGAGGCGGCGGAGGAGGAGGCACCUCGGCGCCCAAAGCGUGCGCCACGCGAGGAGGCGCCAGCCACAGCCACCAUUCCAGAAAUCACGCUGAAAGAAUCCGACAACAAGGCAGCCAGCAGAAAAGAGAAGCCGCCGCCUCCUGGCCCGGUCGUCGAGGCCCCGAGGCCUCCGCCAGCGGAGAAUCGCGAGGACGAGGCCCGACGGCGGAAACUCGAGGAGGAGGCAGACAACAUUCUCGGAGCCCUGGUCCCCGGCCUGGCCGACGCAGCACCGCCCAUUUUCUCCAAGGCGGACGCUAAUCGCGGACGCUCUGUCUCGGGUGGCCGAUCCAUAGGCUCGCGGUCCAUCUCCUCACGAACAGCCCGAAGGCGGGCCCGCGAGCAGAAGACGAGGAAAGGCAGGGAUCGCGACGGCUCCUGGAGAAGUGGUGGAUCGGGUCUGUCGGGCUCACGCGCCCUGUUGCUGAACCGCAACUACACCGAGGACCCGCAGUCUAUGGUGCAUUGUGGACCUGCCGCACAUGCCGCGGAAUGCAGCGACUUCCGCCAAUAUGACCUAUCAGCCUCCUGCCGGCAGUUGACGUCGAGCAAUCUGUACUCUGGCGACGGUACCGUUACAGCACUCUUCUUUGCUAAGGCCGGAGCGGGCGGAGCGGGAACGGGAAAGGUCGCGCUCGAGGUCCCGUCGCCGGAGACGCUGAGCGUUGGCCGACGCCGGGGAUUCCAGUGGUCAGAGGGAUGGAGUGAAGACAUUGUUACGUGGUGUUUCGGCCCGGUUCAGUGCUUGAGAUGGGAGUUUGCAUUAGACUUCUGCGCUUCUGAACAGGUGCUCUACCUCUGGUCCGACCCGCCGAACGGUGUCUCAAAGUAUAUCGGGUGGACUACCGACGAGCUUUAUGUCCUGGGCGACAUGCGGUGGGAGAAGACCAUCUUCAAGAAAGAGAAUCCGGACGGUACCCUUGCACUGCGGCCGUGCAAGAAUUACAUCCGCAAUCUGGACAAUGUUGAUCGAGAGCUGGUGAGGCGCUACCCGUAUGGUGGACGCCCGCCUGAGCUCUCGGGCAUUACGCUGGGUCAGCUCCGAAGGUUGUACGCAGCGCACAAGGAUUGGAUGGAAGAGCCCAAGUGGAACGAGUUUGCGAGGCAAAUGCAAAGGCCGACCAUGUACGACAUCGUCCCUGCGAUCAUCAAGCCGGCCACGAAGCACACGCAAGGUUCUUAUGUGGAACUCUUCACUCAGAAGGCUGUUGACGUCUUCGUUUCUCACUGGUGGGGAGGUGAAUUCGUGGAGUUUGUCGCAUCUCUGGCUUCCUCUGCAGCUCAGCUUCUUCGUGACGAUGUUGGUGGACUGUAUAGCCAGCGGUGCCGUUCUUUCGGCGGCCAAAGCGGCGCGAGCUCGCAGCAGCAGCAGGACGCUGCCGAGUCCAUGGUGUUUUGGAUUUGCUCCUUCGCCAAUGCGCAGUGGACCGUCAACCUGGGUAACUCUCUGGAAGAGUCACCCUUCGAGGUUGCCCUCGCAUCGAAAACCUGCAAAGCAGUGGUGAUGGUCAUGGACGAGUUGGCGAUGCCGCUUACCAGGAUCUGGUGCAUCUACGAGGUCCUAAGGACUGGUGUGCUCCGGCAUCCGUUCUAUGUCGCCACGCAGCACGGUGUUCUGGUGGGAGAGCGGGUGCGAGAGAGCCCGCGGCUGGCUGCCUCGCUCCUGUCGCUGGCGGAGCGCCUCUCGGACCUGCGGCCGCAGCAUGCGGCUGCCAGCAACUUGCAGGAUCGCGACACCAUCAUCAGCGAGGUCUCGAAUGCCGUGGGGGUUGAGCAGUUUGCCUUGGCGGUGCAAGCCAGCUUGUUCGAGGUGCUGCGCAAGGCAGGUUACGCACUCUACUCGCGGAAUUGGCGCUUGAACUUCAAGCUGUUGCAGCUGCAUCGUGAAGCAGUACGAGAGGUUUACUGGCUCCAGCCGGGGACGAACCCAAACAGCAACCGCCGCGAGAGAAGGCGGCCUGCGACGGAUUCGUCGCCACAGCGAACGGUCUUGCAUCGAGCGGCGCAGGAGGGCGACAUGGAGAUCCUACAGCAAGAAAGUGUCGAAGACAAAGUGCGGUCAGAGAAGGCCACUGCAGCGUUUCAGGAGUUGCAGGUCAUGAUGAGGAACGGUGCCAGUUACCAGGAGCGCGAGCAGAAGAAGGAUGAGGUUCGAGGACUCAAGGACGAAGUCAUGGAUCGCGAAGAUGAACUUGGCCAGAAGGCUUUGCAUCUGGCGGCACGGUACUGCCGAGACCUAGAAGCCCUUCAGCUGGUGGUUCAGCACUGGCCGAGCCACGCCAAGCAUCGCGACAAGUUUGGUCGGCUCCCGCUGCACCGCGCAGCCGAAUCAGGCUGUGCAGAGACCUUGGCCGCUUUGCUUCCUCUCUAUGCGGGUGGAGCUCUGGUCCAGGAGCUGGACAAGCAACAGCACAGUUGCCUGGAUCUCGCGGUCCUGUCCGGCAGCACUGAAGCCGUGAACUUCUUGCUGCAGAAGAGGGCUAUACUGGAGCACGGCAACAAGCGGACGCCACUCCACCUGGCGGCACAGUGGAAUCACGUGGGUCCUUUGCAGGACCUGGCAGCGUUGGGCUUCCUGGAGACGGGCGAUUCCGAUGGCACUCGCCCGCUGCACCUGGCCGCCAGGUUCGGGCACGAAGAGGCCGUGAAAGCUCUGCUAGGACUCGGUGCCGACGUAGCUGCCACGACCGUGUUUGGCCGCACAUCGCUGCACUGGGCGGCGCUGAAUGGGCAUGCAAAGAUGACCGCGCUGCUUCUGGAGAGCAGAAGCCCGCCUGACGAACGCGACGGGGCCGGGUGGACGGCAUUCCACUGGGCAAUCAGACGUGGCCACGAUGACUGCGCUCGCGCACUCCGCGAGGGUGGUGCCGACAUCCAUCGCCAGGACCUCCGUAGCCGCCGCAAUGCGUUGCACAUCGCAGCGGCCGCCGAUGCAAGCCCCGACCUCCUGGAGGACCUAGCCGGCUGGGGCGUCAAUCUACUCGAGACGGAUGUGGGCCAGAAAGUGCCUCUGCAUCUUGCAGCGCAGUGGGGCAAGCUCCGGAACAUCGGGAAGCUGCUGGAGAUGAAGAGUGAUGUGGAAGCGCGCUGCAGCCACCAACGAACUGCGCUUCACCUUGCCGCUCGGCGGGGGCACGCCAGCUUGUGCACGAAGCUGGUGGAGGAGGGCGGGGCCGAUAUCAAUGCUGCUGAUGCCACCGGCUCCACACCCUUCGCGCUUGCUUGCAGGUUCGGACACUUUGACGUCGUUUUUGCCAUGGCCGAGCGCCGCGUGGACCUGACCAAUACGGAGAAGGGCGGCAUGACGGCAUUACAUUGGGCGGCGCACUUCGGCAAAACGGCGGUUGUUCGACAACUGGUCGGACUGCAUGCUGAUGUUGCCGCUGCGACGCGGUAUGGACGACAUCCUCUGCACUGCGCCGCCAUAGAAGGGAAGAAGGAAGCCGUUGAGGCACUGAUCAAGCUCAGGAGCAACGUCCACCAUCCACAGAAGGAUGGAUGGUUGCCGAUCCACUUGGCCAGCCGCUACAAGCACGUUUCUGUGGUCAUGGCCCUCAUCGAGCACCGAGCAGAUCCGAAUUCCAAGGGAGUGAAUGGCAAGACGCCCGCACAGCUCUGCGCCCAGCAGAAUGGUUGUUUUUCAGACGUCGGCUUUGACAAGCUCCAGCAAGAUGAGAGUGGCCGGAAUGCCCUGCACACAGCAGCGAUACACGGCUCGGAGUCGUGGUUCUAUGGGUUAGCACGCCGAAAUCCGGCCGGUGUGCAGCUCAUAUUUGGCUUGGCGACUCCAGACGCGCAGGGGCGGACGCCUCUGCACCUCGCAGCUGCUUUCGGCCGGCACCUGGUGGUGCAAGAAAUUCUUCGGACGUUCCUGGACGAGAACGGCAGCUUCAACAGGUGUUGGCAUCGCGUAAAGCCUCGCGGCUUCUACAACAAGUUGGAUGAUGAGGAGGACGACGAUUCCUCUGAGCCCCCGCCGCUGCCAGUCCUCACGCCGGAUCGGAGGGGUCGGCUGCCGCUGCAUGCGGCAGCAGUGGCCGGCUUCCCCGCGGUUGUUGGCCAGUUGGUUUCCUUCAUGUUGGAGAAGCUGGACUGCUCAGUUGCAGACAUACUGCGGCCUGAUGAUGAGGGAGCCUCUGCCCUUGACCUCGCCUGCCGCAGACGCGACGACGCAGCGGCCAGGCGCCUUUCCGAGAAGCUGGGAGUGGAGCUACCUUUGUCGUCCAGAGGCCGAACGCCGCCAUCGACCGGCGAUGAGGUGUGCCUCAAGCGUGCGCUGCAGCUUGAGCACAGGAGCCUGUCUAAAGGCACUCUUGGCCGGGUUGAGGCUGCGUCGGAGAGCGCGGUCAAGCUGGAGUUCCCAAAGGCCGUCGGCCACCACGGACUGACGAUGACAGAGUUUUUCCUGCACUGCGCCACAAAGCAAAGGUACAUCGUCAACUAUAGCCACCUCAAAUCCACGAGGGGGCGGCGCCGAUCUUUUCGGCUCGGAAAGCGCCGGGAGAUGCCCGAAAGCCCUCAACACCUGGAUGACGACAGCAGCUGUUCUGAGCAUGUCGAGGAAGGCGCUGUAGUGGAGGGCUUCGACCUGGGGGAUGCAUGGCUUCAACUCUGCGAGGGCGGCUGGUUGCCCACGCACAUCCAACUCCGGAGCUCCAGAAGACUUCCGGUUCUCUCAGCAUGGAAUGGCCCGCCCAUCAACAUUGGAGAUGUCGUGACGACUGUCAAAGAGCUGGUGCUGUGGGCCGGCCGAGUGCUGAAGCCUGACUCUGUCGGCAUCGUCCUGCGCAUCAACUCCAAGGAAGUGCUCCUGAAGAUUGAGGCAGCCAAAGGAGGUGGCUGCACAGUCUCGCUGACUGACACAGUCUUCGUCAAGCACGUGCAAGUAACCGGCUGCCGCUGCCUUAUGAAGGAGCCCAUGGGAGCCCCGCCAGAGGGCACUUUGGUCACUCACAGAGAGCACGGCUGUGGAGUCGUACAGCACAUCGAAAAGACCUCCCACAAUGGGACCUCCAGGGGUUUUUCGGUGCUCUUCGGCGACGGGACAAGGAGCCAGCUGCCUGCUGACCGACGCGGCAUUCGCUUGAUUCGCACACCUCCCACGCCGCAGGAAGUCGCAGCCUAUUUUCUGAAGAAGGAGCAGAUACUGCGCCGCAAGAACCAUCCUUCGUCGGCGGUGCAGACAGGGACAUGCCAAUCUGCGCAUCUAGAUCCAGGCAACUGA